UGCUGGUCGGACUCGGUUGUUGCUUACAUUUUUCGGAACAGGAACUACACUGGCGGAGGGAUGAGUCUCUCCCCUUUGAUUGGCACAGACGUGCCAGAAACAGCUAAUGGGGAUGUGGCCCCCAUCUCUUCAGAAAACGGCCCUCACGAUCCGACCUCGGUGAAAUGCGGGGGCAGCAGAGUGCCCUGUCCUGGAGAGGGAUCAGAGGACACUGACAACCACGUAGAAGUGGAGAACAAAGUUUACGAUGGCAAAGGCUGCUUGGACACAGAGACAUUGAAUAAUGGUAGAACAUCUAGUUUAUCGCUACGCUCUUCUGACGAGCCGGACGCCUCCCUCCCUGCUGCCACGUGCACAGGAGACUCAGAAUCUGGCUCCAAAGACACAGAUAUUCAUGAGGCCUCUAACACUGUAGGGCCUCCUGGUGCAGCUCUGCUGUGGGAACCUGCACAGCGAGCACACUUCAAAGAGUUACCUCCCCGAGAAGGCCCCUGCCACGUCAGAGACGAGGAGGAAGAUGGAGAGAAGGAGAAACAGGAUGAAGAGGAAGAUGAGAAGAAUGAAAAAAAGUGGAUUCAUCAGCGUGCAGGAGGGAGAACAAGGGUAGAGCCUUCCCGACACUACUCCUCCUCCGCCCCUGGUCCCAGCACCUCGUCCUCUUCCUCCACCCCGCCUCCUCUUCUUCCCUCAGACGACCUCCCCUGCCCCCCCCACGUCAUGGCCCAGGUCUGGGUACGCAACGUCCGGGGGAUGCAGGACAGCAAGAGCCUGGAUGAAAUCAGCCAAUCGUGUGGAGGUGGUUUGGGGGCCCGGGGAGGGGGCAGAGGGGGCCAGUCAGAGGGCAGACGGGCCACCAUCUCCUCGGCUCUGGAGCUAGAGGGGACGGUCCACCAGGAGGGGGAUCUGACUCACUACAUCUGCAAGAACCUGGAGCAGAAAAUCAAGAUGAGCUCCAAGCCCAGUCUGGACUGCAGCGACUCGGACUGUUCCGGUCCCAUUUACCGAAGCCGGGGCUCGUCACGGAGACCAGCAGACAUCCCCCCCAUUGAUCCUGCUGUCCUAUUGGAUCUUGAGAGACACACCCAGGAAGUGUCGCACAGCGUGGAGAUGAUGAUGCGGAGCCUCAAUGGCACCAUCCAGAAUAUGACGGCUCUGAGUGUGGGCUACAUCCAGACCUACAGGGACUCAGUGGACAGCCUGGGGGAGUCUGUGGAUAUGAGCAUAAAGGGCAUGUACACACUGAUGGCUCGCUGCGAGGAGUUGGACCGCUCCAUGCAGCCCAUACACACCCUGGCUGCACAGAUCCGGGACAUCAAACGCACCCUGGACGCCCUGGAGGCGAUCUGCAAGUAACCCCGCCCGUCCGGUACGAAUAGACACUCCACCUGCAAAGAUCUGACGCCAAGCACAUCCUGAGCGAGGCCAUCUGCAAGUAAACACACCUUCCUGCAGGUAGCACACACACACACUGCAGCGGGGAUUAAGUGCACCUCUGGAUUCUUGGAACCAUUGCCACCAGGAAUUCUGGAUGAUCGGCCAUCAUAGCCCCUCCGCUUGUUCAUCAUUUGAAGUUGUUUGUCUCGUGAGAUUGACUAAAUAGCGCUUGAUUUAUUCUCGGGGCUGAGCUUAAUCCUCUUCUUUUUUUUUUAAAGAGCACCCAUACUCCCUCUAAUGAAGUUUUCGCAAAACUAAAUCUGACAAUUUUACUCGCUUUUGGGACACUUGGUCAAGUUCCUUAACACAUACCUGUGGGAAAAAACACACAAAUACAAACAGAUCCGUUGAAUAUGUGUGGCUGAGUGCUGCCUUUCUCCACUUUACAGCCUGAGGAGUAUUUUGUGUCAUUAUCCGUCCAGCCCGCUUCGUUCAGAUUGCACUAGUCGUUCCUCCCCACAUGGGGGCGAUGUUUCUCUCUCUGUCGCUCUCUUCUCGUAUGGAGAGGCCAGUAUGAACUGCUCAGAAGACACUUGACUUUUGCACAGGAACAGAAAGUCUAUUUUUUAAUCUUAUGCAACAAAUAUCAGAUUCUUUCACUGCGGGCUGAAAGAGGGGAGGGAAGCAUCAUGUCUGUCUGUCUGUCUUUUUAAAUGUUUAUUUAUUCGCUUCUCUCAGUGUGCAUGUUUUUUCAACUACACUGCUACUCUGUGUCACUAUGAACAGACCAGUACAGCCAGAUUUGUUCACAGGUUGCCACUGAACAGCCCACCUGUAGCAUUUGGAGUUCAAACUCAAAUGCUGCUUGAAGGUAGUUAGUAGUCGAAGGUCAUGAAAGUGUUUUCUACUUAAAUUCUCUCAGACUAUUUAUCAAUUAAAAACCGGUAACCUUUCAUUCAAAUGUCUGCCUUCCUAAUUUAAAGCUAUCACCAGCCAUGUGUCAUUUGGCCUUGAAACCUUCCUCCUCUGCGCCAAUGCAAGCUGUUUUCGGGCACAUAACUGGACAAAUAUCUCAUGUAGCCGACAACAGUGGCUUUAAAUGUUUGAAAAGCUCUUGCUACUCAUUUGACUUUUAAAUGUCAUCAAAAGUAAAAACAAUUUGUGCAAGGCUGAUAAAUUCAGCCAACUGAAACCAUUGAAAAUCUAAUUGAGUUUCCAGACAUGGAGGUAGCUAACAAACCGCUCAGUGUCAUUAAUUGGGUUGUGUUGUUUUAGCUUUGAAUUAGUCAAUGGAAAGAAAUGAUAUUUUGUAUUCGAAGAACUCGGUGUCAAACACAUUUUGAAUCUAUUAAAUGUGGCCAAUAUUCAACCAGAUAAUAUUCCGUUGUAGGUUGUGGCUGUAACUGUACUCCUGUUAAAUGGUGGAUUCCUUCAUUUGGAACAUUGUUUAUUUAUAUCGCAUCCCCUAGGUUUGUGUUCGAACCUAGGGGAAAACAUCCUGUAAAUGAAAUGUAAUCAGUGAUGCUUCUGACUGUACUGAACAGUCACAAAGAAGCGAGCAUUACAUGUCUGUGCAGCAUGUCCUAGCAUUUGUUUUCUUCAACACUGAGGAGAUUGUUUGAACAAAAGAGGAUCUGGGAAACGGCGCUGGAGUUGGGACAGAGCCUCUGCAUGGGAACUAACGUGGACUCUUAUCACGUUUUAUGAAGUGAGUAUUUAUUAAUUUACUUAACCGACCAAAAACCAUUUGGAGCAUUAUACUUAAUUUAAUGAAAAUACUGCAGUACGUCUGUCAUUGCACUGGUGGUAGAUAAUUGUACGUAUUACUGAUGGAUUUGGGGAUUUUAAAUCUACAAAACGUUUAUCAGAGCAAUACUGCAAAGCAGAGUAGUUACACUUUUUAACCUUGGCUCUGUACCUGUUAAUGUGUUUUCAUCUCUGUGGGGAAAGAUAAUGUGAUUGGCUUCACAAAUUAAAUUCUGUGUGAAAUCUG